UUGCCAACAUAAAAAAACUAAAUCCAAUUCACAUUUUACUCUUUUUACUGCUCAAAUUAAUCUUGAAACGUAUGGACUUCACCUCACAUUGGGCAUUUUGAAUGCAUAUAACUUAAGAAAAAUCGAUUUAAUAAUAAUGGAGAUAAGAGUUCCAUUAUUUAAGUUAUUUGCCUAUUCUGUGGUUGAUGUGGUGGACGAAUUUGAAGAGAAAUAUGAGCGAGCAUACCAGAGCUUUCAACAAACAACAGCUGGAUUAUCGGAUAAAGAGUUACAUGAUCGCCUGUCGGGCCUUGUCAGUACCGAGAAGCAACAUGAAGACAUUUCCAUCGCUUUAAGCUAUCAAAUUCUUACCGAUCCGUCGCUAGCACCAAAAUCGUAUCGCGACUUGACAUUGCUCACAAGAGAUGGACUGAAAUUCAUCUCCGGCAGCUGGACGUUUAUGGUAGCCGAAAAGUAUCACAAGUUAACGGACAUCGCUCGACGGCAGUUGUUGUGGCUGUUGCGGGAGCUCGUUAAAAAUCAGGUUACACAUGUGGAGAGUUUGCUGUGGAACAUUUUGCGGCAAGCUAGUGGGGGCGACGUUUCGCAAAAGAAUUUGGCUCUGAUUGAAGGUGUACUGGAUAUUCUAAUCGAACAUCGGUUGUGGCUGGAGAAGCAACCUCCGUUGUUACGAGCGGUUGUUUACACGUACGUGCGAUUGCUUGAAGAUCAUCGAAGUCCGGUGCUGACCGCUCUGCGGAACAAAGAAGUAAAAUUCAUCAUUUCGUUGAUCCGGGAGAAUUUCAAUCAUGUGAUGCCGUUGGGAAGAGACUUUGUCAGGCUUCUUCAAAACGUGGCCAUGAUUCCGGAGUUCGAACAACUGUGGAACGACAUUCUAACAAAUCCAUCGUCGCUGUUGAGCUCAUUCACCGGUGUAUGGGAAUUGUUACAAAUACGAACCAGUCGACGAUACUUGCAAUGUCGACUGACACCGGACGUGGAACGGAAAUUGCAUUUUUUCGCCACGAAUGUGAGAUUCGGUGCGCACAAACGGUAUCAAGACUGGUUCCAAGACAAAUACUUCACGACACCGGAAUCUCAUAGCCUUCGGUCGGACUCGAUCCGUUUCAUCAUAAAUGCCAUUCAUCCGACCAACGAUAUGCUGUCGUCGGACCUGAUUCCACGUUGGGCAAUCAUUGGAUGGCUGAUCACGUCGUGCACCAAUCCGACAGCUCUGGCCAAUGCCAAGUUGGCGCUCUUUUACGAUUGGCUGUUUUUCGAUCCAAAGAAGGACAACAUCAUGAAUAUCGAACCGGGAAUACUGGUUAUGUUCCAUUCCAUUCGUAAUCAUCCGCUGGUCAGCAGUACGCUGCUCGAUUUCCUGUGCCGCAUUAUGAAGAAUUUCUUUCCCCAAUACGAGAGCAAGAUCCGGAAGGGCGUUUACAAUUCGUUGCGGAAGAUUUUGGAGAAACAGGUCAUUCAGAAUCUGGCGCCACUAUUCGAUUCGCCAAAAUUGGACCGCGAAUUGCGGACGAUGAUACGGGAAAACUUUCAAGAAUUUUGUAGCAUAUCCAAUCCGUCGGACGCACAUAAUCAGCAACCAAACAUCACAAAUCCAUACCACAGCCUAGACGAUAAUCGAUUCAUUUCGCAACGCAUUUCUGCUGACAAUGACUGUCGUGCAGACAAUGUGAAUGAAGUCAGUGACACCGAUAAUGAGGCGAAAUUCAGUGACGAUGACGAUGAACGUGAAAAUUGUAUUAAAAAUGACGAAACGGAUGACGAUGACGACCUACCACUGUCGAAAGUCCGAUUAAAAGAGAAACCAAUGCCGGACAAAGUUGAUCUGCCAAAUUCCAUAAGUAGUUCGUUCGACAAAUUCAUCACAGCCAAAACCAGCAGCACAUUGGACUCGUUUUUAAACGAUUUACGAACGUGUUCGUCAUUGGACAGUGAACAGGAGACUUAUGUUGUCGAAAACAUACAAAUUGUGCUAAAAUCAUCACUUCCAUCGGCCAGUAUUUUUCCGGAAUCGAAAAACGAUAAAAACGACGAGAAACUCCUGAACGCUAGCAUCAGUUAUCCGUUGUUUAGCUUAUUUAAGUUGAUGUACCAAUACGAGGAAAAGUUGAAAAAAUGUGUGCAAAGUGUGCUGAAGCAAGUGUUUGCCAAAUCGAACGGUGUUGGUUACAUGUUGCUGUAUUUUCUGAAAGUGCACACCAAACUAUUGGCGCGGAAAAAUUCCAAUGCAAAUGUGUCGUUUAAAUCGAAUUUGUAUAAAAUACUGUGCGACUAUUUGGAAAAGAAACUGGAUGCGUGUCUGGCCAGUGAUCUGGCACUGUUGGAAAGUGAAAGUCCGCACAUAUUUCUGUGGAUCUUGCCGGACAUUUAUCGCGAAUUUAAAACAAUUGUAGUCAAUAACAGUGAUGUGUUACGAACACUCGUCGGUAGUGUCGAUGCAAAGGGAUUGAAAGAUUUAAUUUACAGUGUGACACAGGGCAAAUUGACUUUGUUCAAGAACGAGGGCUUGUUGGAGUGUGUCCGGGAAAGUCUCAAUUAUGAAACAUUUGAACAAUAUUGCUUGUGGCAACUGAUUCAAGCUCACGAUGUACCUUUCAAAUACUUGCAGGAACUUUUACCAGAUUUAGAAUCAUCCAGUCACCAUGAAGCUUUAACAACUAUGCUGUUGAUGUUGAAAAAUGAAGAACCAACAACAGAAUUAAUAAGACUUUUACUCAGUAGAGAAACUAAAUCCAGAGGAGAUCAAUUUGUAACGUCUUCUCUGAGGUACUGGUGCCAACAUUUCGAAGAAAAUUUAUCAGAAAUAAUUGCCAAUUUGCUGACAUCGAAGUAUCCGAAUAGUUCGCCGAACAAAAGGAAACGACCGCCCAAAAGUAAUUCCGUACAAAGUAGUUCACCCACAUCGGACCAGCUUCUGAGUCAUCUAGAACAUUUUCGACGAAGCUGUCGCCAUGGAAACGGUACCGGAACAGGUCUUUAUGUUCAGGAUGCAAUGCAAAGAGCUUUACAGCAAUCAUUCUCUCAUAGCAGUGAUAGUACUAAGAAACAAUACAGUGAUUUGUUUGCCCUGGCUGCUGAAGAUGAUACAAGCGGAGUUGGAAGACGUGGUGCAAGUGGUCGGGGUCGGAAGCCGCCAGCUAGCAAAAAAGAUUUUAACAGUUCGAAUAGUAAUAAUAAGAAAAAUAGCGAGCCAAUUAACAAUUAUUCUAGUGAUGAGGAAUCCAGCGAGGAUUGGACUAAACCGACUCCGAAACGUCGAAAAAAGGCAUUAAGUGACUCAGACUGACAACUACAAAUUGAAAAUAACGAGUGGGCGUGUGUUUACGUAAACUGUUGAUAUCUAAGUGAAAUUUCGGUUUCGUUAAAACAAUUUUUUUUUUAAAUUUGAUCAAGGAAAAGCACGAGGAAAAUAUUAUUUAAGAGUGACAGAUUUAACAUUAUUGUACUAAGAAAGGGAAGAAAAAACAAUUUAUUCUUUGGUGAGUCACCAACCAUUUUUUGUGUGUUAUAAAUAAUAAAAUAUCAGAGGAAAGUUA